CGUCUGUAUGAGCAGGCAGGGAGGGAUGGAUGGGGAGGUGGUCUGUACAGCGAGGAUCUCUGGCAAACUUCACUGUCGUUCCUCAGCAGGACUGCUGGAAGGGAGGGAGGAUCUGGCUUUAGAAUUUCAAUGAUGGAGUGAUCAAUUGUUGCACAUCAUGGAGGCUUGUGAGGGACAAGCUAUUUCCGAGAUUCUCCGAUUGAAUGUGGGAGGUUGUUUCUUUACAGCCAGACGAAACUCCCUCUGUCGUUUUAAAGACUCAAUGCUUAGUGCUAUGUUUAGUGGACGAUUUCCUUUGAAACUAGAUGAAUCAGGGGCUUGUCUUAUUGAACGGGAUGGAAAACUCUUCAAGUAUCUCUUGGAUUAUCUGCAUGGAGAACUUUGCAUUCCUGAAGAAGCAAGAAUUCGUGUCGCACUGCAAGAAGAGGCAGAUUACUUUGGCAUUCCCUAUCCCUACAGUUUGACAGACUAUUUAUCCAGUGAAAUGGAGAGACAUUGCUCAAAAUCGAAUAUUGAAAUCAAAAAGGCACUGACAGACAUAUGUGACUCCUAUGGUUUAAUCUGUACAAACCCCAUGGUGUGGAUCUUGCACUAUCUCAAUACUUGCGGUGCCAGCUGUGAAAGCAAGAUCCUGGGUGUAUUUGCAUCAAAGACCGAGGGGAUUGCAGCCAUUGAAAAACAGCUGGGAGGCAGAAUAAGAAGCAAAAGUAUCUUUAAGAGGGAAGCUGGAAACAACCUACAAUACAUAUGGAGCUACUACUCAGCUGGUGAGCUGAAGAAAAUGAUGGAUGCUUUUGACUCUUGGGAGGGACGAGGUGUCAGUUACUGGCGAGUUCCUCAGGAGUUGAUAGAAUGUUGGACUCUUGAAGGCCGACCGUUGCAAGGCACCAAAGAGAUGGUGGCACCAAUUCAGAAACGACACUCGGUUGAUGCCAAUGAAACAGAGAUGGAAACGCCCAAAAAAUACCACAAACCUGUGGAGUUUUCUGGCCCAUCCACCAGCACCCAGAUUAAAGUGAAGAAUUCUGGAUUAGUCAAACUAUCAACUCCAGCUGCAACUCCAAAGACUGCAUUGAACUCAGUUCAUCUCAGAACCACAGCUGUAAAGAGAGCUAGUACAGGGGAGCUUGUAAACCACAGGACAGCAUCUUCCAAUGACAGGGGGUCAUCUGGAUCAGGUGCCCAAAAACCUGUCAAAUUCCAAAAUGCUGGAAGUGCCAUAGAUUCUGGUUGCACAGCAGCAGUCAAGAUGCCAGAGAAGAAGUUAAUGGUGAAUAGAGUCAUCAAAUUGAAAAGAAAACCACCAUCUGCAACAGUUGUAACGCCAGCAGAUCCUUCCAAGAGAAAAAGUGAUGUGAAUAUAGAUAUUUUAGAUCCCAAACCUAGUGUUUCAGAAAACCUUCAGACAUCCAGUUCAGUGAGCUCAAUGGCUGACUGUCUAGAGGACAUAUGUGAAAGUGGUAGGAAAAAGGAUGAGAAUGGUUAGAUAGCUGAGGUUUGCAAGGGAGGGGAGAGGACAGAACCAUUAUGCAGUUUGUUAAGACUCUGUAUUUGAAACUUGUUGAUGAUUAGCAUAAUUUCCAAAGAAAUGUCAUUGCUAGGUCAGGAAUUCAUAAGAGUCACUUGGGUAAAAGUGGAAAAUUUGUCAUUUGAGUGGUAGUUCAACAGAUUUACCAGUCCGCAACACAGACCAAAGAGAAUAUGGAUUUGAUAUCUGAUCAGUGCAUCAUUGCUGCCUCCUGUUUGGAUGAUGUUAUAGGUGCUGUGGAAUGCUUUUAGUGAAUGGAUGGGAAAUUUGUCAAGCCUUUCAGCCUAAAUGAUUAUCAUUAACCCUCCUGGAACUGUGUGCAUGUGUGUGUGCGGACACAAAGACUAGACGUGUUUAUAAUUUCUCCACCUCCUGCAUCUGUAAUGAAGUGACCUACAACUUCUCACUAUUUGUACUAAAUAAUGGACAAGAUCCAGGUACUGUAGAACAAUUGUGGUCUGUGGAAUAAAGAGCUGCAAGUGAGAAGAAACUAGUAAAAUAGUUUUCAAAUGACUAUUAAUUAUACCCCAACUCAUUCAGCCUUGUAUGUCUCAACUACAUCUGAAUGCAAAUAAGGUAUUUUAACACACACCUUCUAAAAUAUUCCACUUUUAAUUGGGUUGAGUGCUGCUUGAUAAGAUCUAAUGGGGCAUAUCUUAAAGUUAACAGUCUUGAGGCAUGUAACAGUGUCUUUGCAUUGAUAGGUUCUGCUCUUGAACAUUUAAAGGUUUAGUCACAAAACCCUUGUACUUUUCCAGAAAAGAAAUAUAUUUGCACUUUGUACCACCUCUCUGCAUUCAACGCAGGUCAGAAAAGUCAAUUCCCUUUUGGGUCGAGACCAUCUGAACUGAUGAAGGGUGUUGACCGGAAAUGUCAACUGCAUUUUCCUCCAUAGUUGCUGCCUGACCCACUAAGUUCCUUCAGUUUUUGUGUGUUGCUCCAGAUUCCGACAUCUGCAGUCUCUUGUGCCUUGAAGUCAAUGACCUUGACUGACAGAUUAGAACCUUGCUGUAGACCAUGCAGCUGAAUUCAGCCCACCUAGCUACAGCAACAUAAGUGGAUUCUAGUGUAAGGUGAAAGAAUGCGGCUUAUUGCAGCAUCCAUGCAAUGGAAAAAACAAUUAAAUUAUCCUCUGAGAACAGUAGUAAUAAUGGACAUGCCAUUACUAUACCGCAAAAUAGGGGAGAAUUUGAUUGACAAAUUGCACCUUCUGUAAACACUACCUGUCCUGGAAGUAUUUUGCCAUUAUUAAUACAAUAUUGUACAUUAUGUUUGUGCACCUAUGUGUGAAAGAGACGGCUAACAUGUUAGACAAACAAAUUAUGGAGCAUGAGAUUUUAAGUUUAAUCGUUUGGUAAAUUUUAAGGGCUAAGGAAGUGGAGUUUUUAUUUGAUAUCGCUUGCCAAACCCUUCAAACCCCUACUGGUGAGUAGUCAGUCUUAGCCAUGUCACAUGUUAUGAUGCAAAAUGAAACUCGGUCUUUCUUUUCAUUCCAGACUUUAUCAGACUGACUGGGGUUGCUGUAAACUCAACGUAGGUGGUCUGCCUGUUUUCCAUUUUGGGGAAAGUUAUGUUAUUAAGAGAGAGGUUUUAGAAGGGCCCUUUCUUUAUUGUGACAAUAAAUUAAGAUAGCUUAAAACAAAGUUAUGCUUUUAUCAGGUGUGGAAAGGUAGCUAUAUUACCUGGUCACGUAGCAAAGACAUAUUUUGUUCAGUUUUUCUCUUUUCUGUUUGGCUUGUGGAGUUUCAUGUUCUCGCUCAAGUCUGGUGUACAGUUUGAUUUGAUGUGUGUUUGGUUAGCCUGUCAAGAAAUCCAAUCAGUUUUCUGUUUUUAGGAUGAUUUAGUUGGUUAGUUUUAUGGAAAAAAUCUCAUUUUCUGACACAGGUCAGUGAUAACAUUAACAGUUUAUUUUGGGAUCAAGGCCCAAUGUUUAGGGGUUAUACCUGGAACAGAAAUUUUGUAUGAUUAGGACAAUGAGCUGUCGGUGCUCAGAAGCUGGCAUUUUCAGUGCUUUCGGGCACAAUGCAACAACUUGAGUGGAGAGCAGUAUUCAAUGCACCAUUUAGAAGUUCAAGGGUUGUUGCACUGUUGCAAAUCACUUAACCCAUUUAUAUCAAGAAUGCGUGAGAAAUGAAUUGAUAUAACAGAGAUGUGCUUUAAUGUAAAACUUUUAUUGGCUACAGUUUUAUAUUUAAAAUUUGUAUGCUCCAUAUUGUACAGGUGAACUGUUUGUUUUACUAUAAAAUAAAAUAUGAUUGUGCUUGUUCUU